AUGGUUUUGACUAUACCUGGAACAUAUGUUAUGGACAUCUUACAUGGAAGUAUCUGGCAAUGUUACAGUUUAUUAGAAAACAUUAUCUCAAAUAGUGUGUUACUAGAUGUCAAUGUUCCGGUUUCAAAGGUUACUUUAACGGCAACUCAAAGUGAUGAAAACCCGAUAAAAGUAGUAUCCGGUUCACAGCAGCGAUUCAUAUGUACAACGGAUGCCAGUAGGCCGGCGGCAAGGAUACAGUGGUAUCUGUCUGGUACCAACAUAACUGAUGAAGCUUCGCCUCAGCCAAGUACAUGUAGUGCUGGAUGUGAAACAGUAAUAUCUUCAAGUGUUCUAUCAUAUAUUGGUAAUAUAACUGACAUCGGAAAGAUAAUUUACUGCACAGCUGCAAAUGUAGAGGGACAAAGUGUAAAUUCAACUAUGAGAAGUCUUGAUAUUUUAUACGAACCUCUUAUUGCACAAAUGCCUAAUAUUAACAUAUUAGAAGGAAACUUUUUAGCAGUAAACUGUAAUGUUGUCAGUAAUCCAGACCCAACCUAUGUAUGGUGGACUCGACAGAAGGAGCCCGGAUUCAGACUAAACAAUGCAAAUCUAACGAUUAUUAACAUUCACAGAAAUAACAGCGAUAGUUAUACGUGCCAUGUAAUGAACAUUUUAACACCAGCAGGAAUGUCACCACAGGAAAGAACUUCACAGAAAAUGUUUGAUGUCAAUGUACAAUACGAGCCUGAAAUUUCACAAAUCCCUGACUUCAACAUAACAGAAGGUAGAACCCUUACAAUUAACUCUACUACCGAAGCUAAUCCAGACCCAAUAAUGGUAUGGUGGACUCGCCAAAAUGUUCUGGGUUUGAGAUAUGAUGGUACUGUGUUGUCAAUCAGCAGCAUGCAGAGACAACAGAGCGAUAUCUACACAUUUCAUGCAAUGAAUAUUUUAACGCCAUCCGGGCUACCAUUUCAGAACAGAACUUCAAGGAAAUCAUUUCAGAUUAAUGUUCAAUACCCGCCUACAGUAAACAUGUAUCCUGGCUACAAUCCAUAUAUUUUGUACGAAGGACAACAGAAAAUAAAGCUAACAUGUGUAAUACUUGAUGCAAAUCCUACAAUUGAUAUAAUAUAUAAUUGGACUAAUGCUGGUGCUCCGAUCAGCGGUAAAGUUAUUAAUAUAAAACAUGUCAUGAGAAAUAUUAGCGGACAGUAUUCAUGCUCUGCAAUAAAUAUGAUUGGGAUCUCAAAUACUAUUUGGAAACGAUUAGAUGUACAAUACCAGCCAGAAAUCUCAGACAUCCAAGAUUAUAACGUAACAGAAGGAAAUACGCUUAUCAUAUUUCCGAUAAUUUCUGCUAAUCCACAACCGUCAUUGUUUUGGUGGAGUCGUCCAAAUGAACCCGAAGUCGUAUAUAAUAGUUCAUAUCUGAAAAUCAGCAAUAUUCUGAGAAAAUCCAGUGGUUAUCACACCUUCCAUGUACGGAACACAUUGACACCAUCGGGAAUGCCGUUACAGGAAAGAACUUCAAAGAAAAUGUUUCAUGUAAAUGUGCAGUACCAGCCAGCUAUCUCAGAGAUCCAAGAUUAUAACAUUACAGAAGGACAUGAUCUCCAAAUAUAUCCUGUUAUUGAUGCUAAUCCAGAACCUACAUUGUUAUGGUGGACUAGUCAAAAUUCCUUUACAUAUUACGGCAAUAGUCUUACAUUCACAAAUGUACAGAGAAACUCAAGUGGAAACUACACAUGCCAUGUAAUGAACACUUUAUCACCAUCUGGAAAGUCACAACAGAACAGAACUUCACAGAAUAUGUUUAAUGUAAAUGUCCAGUACCCGCCAAUAAUUGCAGAUAUCAAUGAUAUUAACAUCAUGGAAGGAAGUAGUCUAGCAAUAUAUCCCGUAAUUGAUGCUAAUCCACAAUCCACGUCUGUAUGGUGGAGUCGCCAAAGUGAACCCUAUUUUAGAUUUUAUGACACAAAUUUUACUAUCAGCAACAUACAAAAACAAUCCAGUGGUAGCUACAUAUUCAAUGCAAUGAACAUAUUAACACCAUCAGGAAUGCAGCAACAGAAAAGAACUUCACAGAAAAUGUGUUAUGUCAAUGUGCAAUGUUAG